UGUCCCCUGGGGUUUCUGGGUGGCUGUAUCUGUCCCCAAGGAGUGUUUUUAGCUAGAGGCAAACAGACAUCAUGGAGAUGCAGGGGUGGUGUGGGCAGGGAUUGCUAUGUGGCCUUACCCAGCUCAGCCCUUCUCUGAGCCAUGCUUUCUGCCUGUCCCACCAGAAAGUUGACAGUUGGGGGUCUGAUUAGUUUUGUUUGUUUGUUUGUUUGUGUUUGAGGGAGGCUGUUGUCCAUCAGGGAGAAUCCCUUAAAGUAACGUUGUGUCUCUGAGGGUCAAGACAAGGAAGGGAAGCCUUGGCCUGACCUUGAGAGUCAGGGAGAGGGUGGCCUUAGGUGGGCAGGAAGCAGUUCUGGCUGAUUUACCUGUCUACCCUUUCCUGCACUUGAGGCUGCUCACCCCAGGUCAGGCAGGCAGCAGAGCAAGAACUUGGAUGCAAGCAGCCUCUGCCACUGGUUUGCUCUGAGCUUGGGAGUUGCUGUCCUCCAGGCGUCAGUUUUCUGUUCCCCAAAGGGUUAACUGCUUUUGGGAUAUUUGAAUGGAGUCAAAGCCACCAGACUGCACUCAGGAGUUGGUCCUCUCAGCCAGGCCUUAGCAUGGGAAGAAAACCUUAGGGAAAUGGAAUACCUUGGAAAUAAGUCUGCCACAAACUCUAGAUAGCCGUGCUGAGUGCUGGGACCUUGCAGGGUGUGUCCCCUCAUCUUUGUCCCCACCCUCAGGUACACUAGUAAGAACUGUAGCUCUGUCCUUAACCUACCAGGGGUCCCUGCCCUGUGGUGUCUGGCAGUCUCCGUGGGCUUCACUGACCCUGCUGUCUCCCUGCUGCCACCUGUGCCUGUGGUUGGGUUCCUGUCUGCCUUUGCUUGUCUUCCCCAGUUGGGUACAUAUGCGUGCUGAGCACCUGUUGGCUUUUUGUGCCCUUCUUUUUGCUUGUUGGUCCUUACCUGUCUCUGGCUGUUGGAUUUGUAUCCCAGGUCCAAGUCUGUCAGCCUCUGUGUGUUAGAUAUGACUCCUCACUUCCCUUCCUGAUAGGCAUAGGCUCCUCCUGCCUCUGCCUGUUAGAUGUGUGUCCCCACCCAUCCCUGCCUGCUGGGAGUGUUUUCCUUUCUGUCUUUGCUUGUUGGGUGCCAAUCCUUAUAUGUGUCCGCCUGGUGGAUACAUGUGGCUUCCUGCCUUUGCCUGCCUUUAUCAGUCUCUACCUGUUAGGUAUCUGCCUCUGCCUGCUGAACCACUCUCUCUCUCUCUCAAUCUAUCUCUCUUUUCUUUUUUAUUUAUUUAUUUAUUUUAGAUAAGGUCUAGUUCAGGGUGCUCUUGAACUCACUGUGUAGUCAGGCUGGCCUAGGAUUGUGAUCCUCUUGCCUCAGCCUCCUGAGCACUAGGAUAACCAGACAUGUGCCACUGUGCUGGCUGGAUGUCUCUCUUUAUCUGUCUGUGCACUUGCCUCAGCCUGUUGGAUAUCUACCUACUUGUCAGCUGGGUUGGCAUGGAGCUUUCAUUUUGCAGACCCACAGGGAGGAUGGGGGGAAGGCCAGAGGGCAGCCUUUAGGCUCUGAGAAGAGGGGAAGAGAGAAGGGAACGUGGUGAAGGCGGAGGCCUAGAGCUGGGAAACCACAGACUGUGAGUGAUUGGCUGCUGCCCUGGGCCAGGCCCAGCCCUGCACCCUCACCCUGCACAUCCGCCUUGGGCCCGGCCAUCUCCGUGGGCAGCCCUGGACGCUGCCUACCCCUGCCAUGUUGCCUCGCUGCUGGGCAGAUGGAGCAGGAUCCCAAGCCGCCCCGCCUGCGGCUCUGGGCCCUGCUCCCCUGGCUGCCCAGGAAGCAGCGUCCCAGGAUCGGCCAGGCUUCUCUGCCGGCCCCUGGCCCUGGCUCUGGCCCCCAGCAGGACUUGGAUGAGGGUGUCCUCAAAGAGAUCUCCAUCACGCACCAUGUCAAGGCUGGCUCCGAGAAGGCUGAUCCAUCCCAUUUCGAGCUCCUCAAGGUUCUGGGCCAGGGAUCCUUUGGCAAAGUCUUCCUGGUGCGCAAAGUCACCCGGCCCGACAAUGGGCACCUGUAUGCCAUGAAAGUGCUAAAGAAGGCGACAUUGAAAGUACGUGAUCGUGUUCGAACCAAGAUGGAGAGAGACAUUCUGGCUGAUGUAAACCACCCUUUUGUGGUGAAGCUGCACUAUGCCUUCCAGACCGAGGGCAAGCUCUAUCUCAUUCUGGACUUCCUGCGUGGCGGGGACCUCUUCACGCGGCUCUCAAAAGAGGUUAUGUUCACUGAGGAAGAUGUAAAGUUUUACUUGGCGGAGCUGGCUCUGGGCCUGGACCACCUGCACAGCCUGGGCAUCAUUUACAGAGACCUCAAGCCUGAGAACAUCCUUCUGGAUGAGGAGGGCCACAUCAAACUGACCGACUUUGGCCUGAGCAAGGAAGCGAUUGACCAUGAGAAGAAGGCCUACUCCUUUUGUGGGACAGUGGAAUACAUGGCCCCAGAGGUUGUCAACCGCCAGGGUCACACUCACAGUGCAGACUGGUGGUCCUAUGGGGUAUUGAUGUUUGAGAUGCUGACGGGCUCCCUACCCUUCCAGGGGAAGGACCGGAAAGAAACCAUGAACCUGAUUUUGAAGGCAAAGCUAGGCAUGCCCCAGUUUCUGAGCUCGGAAGCCCAGAGCCUCCUGCGGGCCCUGUUCAAGCGGAAUCCUGCCAACCGGCUCGGCUCUGGUCCUGAUGCAGGAGAGGAGAUCAAGAGGCACAUCUUCUACUCCACCAUUGACUGGAACAAGCUGUACCGACGUGAAAUCAAGCCACCCUUCAAGCCAGCGGUGGCUCAGCCUGAUGACACCUUCUACUUUGACACUGAGUUCACAUCCCGCACACCCAAGGAUUCCCCAGGUGUGCCACCCAGCGCUGGCGCCCAUCAGUUGUUCCGUGGCUUCAGCUUCGUGGCCACUGGCCUGAUGGAAGACGACAGCAAGCCUCGGGCCACACAGGCACCCCUGCACUCGGUGGUACAGCAACUCCAUGGGAAGAACCUAGUUUUUAGUGACGGCUACGUGGUAAAGGAGACGAUCGGUGUGGGCUCCUACUCUGUGUGCAAGCGCUGUGUCCACAAGGCCACCAACAUGGAAUAUGCUGUCAAGGUCAUCGAUAAGAGCAAGAGGGAUCCCUCAGAAGAAAUAGAAAUUCUUCUGCGGUACGGGCAGCACCCCAACAUCAUCACAUUAAAAGAUGUGUAUGAUGACGGCAAGCACGUGUACCUGGUAACAGAGCUGAUGCGGGGUGGGGAGCUGCUGGACAAGAUCCUACGGCAGAAGUUCUUCUCGGAGCGGGAGGCCAGCUUCGUCCUGCACACCAUCGGCAAGACUGUGGAGUAUCUGCACUCGCAGGGGGUUGUACACAGGGACCUCAAGCCCAGCAACAUCCUCUUUGUGGAUGAGUCUGGGAAUCCCGAGUGCCUGCGCAUCUGUGACUUUGGUUUCGCCAAGCAGCUUCGGGCUGAAAACGGGCUCCUCAUGACGCCUUGCUACACAGCCAACUUCGUGGCACCCGAGGUGCUGAAGCGCCAAGGCUAUGACGAAGGCUGUGACAUCUGGAGCCUGGGCAUCCUGCUGUACACCAUGCUGGCUGGAUAUACUCCAUUUGCCAAUGGACCCAGCGACACACCCGAGGAGAUCCUGACCCGGAUCGGCAGUGGAAAGUUUACCCUCAGCGGAGGAAACUGGAACACAGUUUCAGAGACAGCCAAGGACUUGGUAUCCAAGAUGCUGCACGUGGACCCCCACCAACGUCUUACAGCCAAGCAGGUUCUCCAGCACCCAUGGAUCACCCAGAAAGAUAAGCUUCCCCAGAGCCAGCUGUCCCAUCAGGACUUGCAGCUGGUGAAGGGAGCCAUGGCAGCCACGUACUCCGCACUGAACAGCUCCAAGCCCACACCCCAGCUAAAGCCGAUCGAGACCUCCAUCCUGGCCCAGCGGCGAGUGAGGAAGCUGCCGUCCACCACCCUGUGAGGGGCUGGGGCAUCCAGACCACAGGGCGGUGCUUGAUGGAGGCAGCAUCCUUCCCAGAGGGAGCAGGCCUGAGUUACAGGGCCAGAGCAUACUGGAGCCCCAAGAGGCCCUGGAAGCAGCCAUCCCAGAUACCCCAUGAGGGUGUGAGAAGUGCCUUCUCCUUCCCCAGGAUGGACUCUUCUUGGCUCAGGCUCAGCUGGUUGAAAUUGAUUCACCAUACAAACUUUUAUCUUUUUAAGGGAAAAAAAAUGACAUCAACCACCAUGGAUUUUUACAAGAUCCAUUUGCCUUUCUGGGAGUGGAAAUAGCUAGUGCAGCCCUAGAAGGGGCAGAGUCACACUGCGGCUCUGUGGCUAAGACUUCUUGGAGCAGCUUUGGGGUCCUGUCAUGGGGACCCCAUGAUUGGCCAUCCAGAGCCAUCUGCACAUACCGGCAAGACAGCCCAGCACUGCCUCUCAGAGCUACUGGCUGUUUGGCAGAGCUCUCCGAAUCCCCACCCAGAGACUCUUCCGUCUGUUUUGUCGGGGGACUAGAACCACUUCUGCUAGAGCAGAGGAGCCCGCGCUGCUGGCUCCUAGGUCCUGGCUCCAGCCACCAGCAUCCACCUGGCUCCCCUGCCAGGCCCUGCAGUCAGGUUGGCAGCCCCAGGAGAGGAUGUGGAGAGCACUUUCUGGUGGGCUUCUGUGGGGUCUGCCACCAGACAGGAUUCACUGGAGAUCAGAGGGCUGGCCGCAAGGUCAGCAGCUUUUUCCAUUUCUUCCUCAGCUGGUAACUCAGGGUUCAUCUGUCCAUGGCCUUUCUAAUAAACUUACAAGUGAGUUGAAGCACACAAUCUUCCCCUUUUACAUCCUUGACUUUGCCCUCUGUCUGCUACUGGGUGUCAAGGUCGUUAGCAGCAACAAGAUGGGCCAGGGCCAAUCAGCCCAGCUUCUUGGCAUUGGUUCACUGGAGGAAUGUGCGGGAAACCCUUGGGCCUUGCCCCAAACUGCUGUCAGGGGGCCCAUUGUGGUCUUGAUAAUGUUGCCACUGGAAACAGAAUGCCAAGCACUGUGAGUGAUGUUACAUGUAUAUGUUUUAAUGUUU